AUGCAGGAAUCCGUGCGAUUCUUACCGCACACUUUCAUCGAGCCACCCAUGCUCGUCGUUGGGAUGAUUAUAUAUGGGAAAGGGGGAAAGCCCCGAAGAAAAUACCCACAAUCCUCAGGAUCUCCAAGACACUUCAACUUUCUAGGAUACAACUAUUCGUUCAACCAGGCACGUGAACUUAGCAACGAAUGGGUGGACGAAUGCCAGCCAGUUGAUGGCACCGAGGGAUAUCUUCGGGCACUCGUCCACCGAAAGCGCGACUCCAAGGUAAAAGUGCUUCUUUCAGUUGGGGGUGGAGAUAACGGAGGCGAUAUCGUAGGCAGCAGGAAUUUCGCUGCUGUCGCGGCGAGCCCAGCAGCAGUCGAAAGAUUUCUGUCAAGCGCCGCAGACUUGAUGAAUAAAUUUCUACUUGAUGGGCUUGACAUAAACUGGGAACAUCCCGAAACACUAGAACAGGGGUACGACUACAACACCCUGCUCUACCGGCUACGCGAACAAUUUCCAAGCCCAGCCUACCUCCUCACCACCGCCCUCUCCGCCGGUGAAUGGGUCCUGAACAAAAUAAACCUCGUCGAAGCCCACCUCUACGUCGACCUCAUAAACCUCAUGACAUACGACUUCUCCGGCCCCUGGAUGCCCCUCAGCGGGCACCAUGCCCAGCUCUACGCGCCGCCGGACCCGCAAAAAGCAGCCUUGGAAGCGACAGCGACGACGACGAGUACCACCGCGUCGGGUUCCUCAGGGGUGGCCUAUCUGCUAAGCUGGGGCGUACCGGCCGGUAAAAUCCUCCUGGGGAUCCCCGUCUAUGGCCGUGCGUUCCCGGGCGCGAAUGGGAUUAAUCAACCGUAUGAGCGGGGGACGGCGGGAGGGGAAAAGGUGUUUGAUUACCGUGAGCUACCGCUUCCAGGGACGGAGGAGGUGCACGAUGCCGUGUUUUGUGCGGCGUAUUGUGUUGAUUUCGGCGGCGGCAGCAGUGGUAGUGGUGGUGAAGGGCCCGCGGCUGGCUUCAUUUCGUACGAUUCGCCCAGGACGGUGAUGCAGAAGGCACAGUUUGUAUCGGAGUAUGAGCUGGGGGGGCUUUUUUAUUGGCAUCUUGCCGCGGAUGCGGAGGUGGGAACGGAGCGGAGUCUGGUCGCUACUGGGUAUCCAUUUGGGAAGAGUCGAAAAGAAUAG